GGCCGGCCCGGCGGGGGAGGGAGCCCGGACGAACGGCGAUGUGAGCCGGGGAGGCGGAAGGCGCUGCCCGCAUGGCCGCGGGGGGCGGCGGCGGCGGCAGGAAUGUGCCCGUGGGCACCGCCGAGCGCGGCCCCCACGACGGCAUGAGGCGCGAUGGAGACCCGUACUGGUCCAGGCCCGAGUCCCGUGUGUGGACAGUGAUGCUGCUGCUGGGGACGUGCCUGCUGUACUGUGCCCGUGUCACCGUGCCCAUCUGCGCCGUCGCCCUCAGCUCCUACUUCGACUGGGACAAGAAGGAGUCCGGCGUCGUGCUCAGCAGCUUCUUCUGGGGCUACUGCUUGACACAGAUCAUCGGAGGGCACAUCAGUGAUCAAAUAGGAGGUGAGAAAGUCCUCCUCCUCUCAGCAUCAGCCUGGGGGUUCCUCACAGUCCUCACCCCGGUGCUCACCCACAUCACUUCUGCCCAUCUUGUUUUUAUGACCUCCUCCCGGUUCCUCAUGGGGUUGCUGCAAGGGGUGUAUUUCCCAUCCUUGGCCAGCCUGCUGUCCCAGAGGGUCCGGGAGAGCGAGCGAGCCUUCACCUACAGCACAGUGGGGACUGGCUCACAGUUUGGGACGCUGGUGAUUGGUGGUGCAGGAUCCCUCCUCCUGGACUGGUAUGGCUGGGAAAGUGUUUUCUACUUCUCCGGGUUGCUCACUUUGCUCUGGGUUUACUGCACCUGCAAGUACCUUCUGAGUGAGAAAGAACUCAUCAUCCCCAUAGACUAUUUAACCAGAGGCCUCUCGAUACCCAAGCAGACCAAAGUCCCCUGGAAGCAGCUGUUUAGGAAGGCACCGAUAUGGGCUGUCAUCAUCGCUCAGCUCUCCACAGCCAGCACGUUCUUCACUCUCCUCUCCUGGCUGCCAACUUUCUUUAAGGAAACUUUUCCCGAGUCAAAGGGUUGGGUUUUUAAUGUAGUCCCCUGGCUGGUUGCAAUUCCAGCAAGCUUGUUCAGUGGAUUUCUGUCUGAUCAUUUAAUCAGUCAAGGGUACAGAACCAUCACCAUUCGUAAGUUCAUGCAGGUCAUUGGCUCUGGCGUCUCAAGCAUUUUUGCUCUGUGUCUGGGCCAGACCUCCAGUUUUUGCAAAGCAAUAGUGUUUGCCUCUGCCUCUGUUGGACUCCAGACCUUCAACCACAGUGGCAUUUCAGUAAAUGUGCAGGACCUGGCCCCCUCGUGUGCUGGCUUGCUGUUUGGGGUUGCAAACACAGGUGGAGCACUCCUAGGUGUCAUUUGUGUGUACCUGGCUGGUUACCUGAUUGAAACGACUGGCUCCUGGAUUUCUGUUUUCAACCUGGUGGCUGCUGUUAACAGCAUUGGACUCUGUGUGUUCCUCCUGUUUGGAGAGGCCCAGAGGAUGGACACAGACUCUGCGUACGUGGAUCUCUAGAGAUGAGCCCAGCAAGCAGCCAAGGACAGGAAAGUGUCACGUCUGUGUUGCACAAGUGCCAAAGAACAUUUUACUUUUUUUUUUUUUUUUUUUUUUUUUUUAAGGUGUUUUAACGGGAAAAAAAAUAUGCUGAAACCAAGUACAUAGUGGGUCUGGAUGGAACCC